ACUUUAAAAAUGUAUGAGUAAAUGCUGAAAUUAACAUUAACUGUGAUUAAUAAAUGCUUUAGAAGUAUUUUUCAUUGUUAGUUGGUGAUAAGGAACCUUAUUGUAAAGUGUUACUGCUACAGUAAAAUAAUAGUCACAUUGUUGGAUAUAAAUACUUGAUCAUAAAUUAUGAAGGUACGUUUCAAGUUAUAAUUAACAAUUAAGAAAAACCAAUGAAUUGGUCUUCAUUAUUAAUGUAAUAUCGAAAAAUAAUUGUUUCCUAAACAUUCUACUGCACCAUCCCUAUUUCCCAUUGUUCAACAAACAGGUUAGUUUGGCUCCAAACCCAUUUCAAGAGUUGACAUGUCAGAACACUUAAUGAAACAUGAUCAUUUAUAGUUGUCUCUGCACAUUAAACUGAGAUAAGAUAAAUAUAUGAAUUCACCCUCUUGGAGGAAGGUGACUUUUUGAAAAUAAUGAGUGCCUGGUGAAAGUCUCUGAGCAUGUGUUGGUCAGAUGUCAAUUUCAGUAUUGCAGCUAUCAAUCACUUGUCUGUGGUGUAUAAAAAUAGGUGGCAGAAUAGCAUAAAUUGGCAAUACCCUGUCAUGCUGACAGGCCACUCGCUCUAAAAUAAGCUUGAGUUUAAUACAAGGUUGCAGUAUAAUGAAGUAACUUCUGCUGCUCUCCCCUCCAGGACUUGAAAGAUGUUAUGAACUAUGAUUUACAAUGACAUAAAACCAUCAGCCAAUCUGGACGUAAACAUGAAGAGAACACAAGAAGUCAGAGAAAAUCAGAUAAAUGAGGAAGAGGAGCAAAGGUGGGGCAAAGGAGAGCGUUCUGAGGAGAUAAAAAUGGAUACCGAGUUACCGGAGGAGUACUAUCAUGGUCUUGAGGACCUACCCUGGAACCUGAACUCACUGGAGCAGUUACUGUAUAUCAGCCUACCAGCAUGGAUACAAAAAGCUUUGCUUUGUAACCUAGCAGAACAGUUUGGCAUCUGGACCUUUCACAACAACAUCUUGCCGUGUCGUCUCAUUUCCUACGCUUUACUGCCGUACACUCUUCCUGCUACAACUGUCAUCUCGUUCAUCUAUAGAUUUUUCUGCUGGGCGAAGAAAAUUCCCCUUCAAGCUCUGAAUGCAGGCAGGGAAUUCAAACAGGAUGUGAUGGUACACCUGCGGUUCGCCCUCGCAUGCUUAAGAGGACUGGUAACAAACAGAUUCCUGCUUUUGCAAAUUUCACCUUUGGUCCCCACUCCUGCUCUGUUUCUUGCACCCUGGUCCUGUCUCCCCCCUCUUUCUUUGACUUUCCUUCCCUGUUCCUCUUUUCCUUUACUUUCUCUCGCUUUGCGUUUUCUGCCAUGCCGUCUUCCUACUUCAAUCUCGAAGAAGCAGCUGGAGAGCAGCAGUCAGACCCAGCCUCCCACAUUUAGACAACGAUCCUUCCUCUACAUCCAGCUCGCUGGAUCCGGCAGUUUCUGUAAAAAGACAGAUAACAUCGUCAUUACAGAUGCAAAGCCACUAUCUUCAACCUUCCUCCUGCAGCUCAACUUAGAGUUAGAAAUGGACAGCCAUUCUGAAACACCACAGCUUCAGAAGGACAAGCUAGAUUAUGACGGAGGCUUAUUGCUAGACUUGGACAAGCACAGGAACGCAGAAGAUGAUCUCUCUUCUCCUUGUAUCUCCUACAUGGAUGUGCAAGAGGAAGACUGAGGACAGUGUGUUACUUAUUGCAGACAAAAGUCUCUCAGUCAAUAUCGCAGUAAACUUCAAUAUUAGAUAUAUUUAAGUUGAUUGAACGCAAUGAAAUUAAGUUAGGACAAAAUGUGUAGGAAUUGUGUUGCUUUAGCACAUUCCUGGAGCCUUCCCAACACUGCAUGUUUUCCAUGUCUCCUUAAUUAAACACACCUGAUUCAGAUCAUCAGCAUAUGUGUUGAGAGUCCAAGACCUGAAAUGGGUGCGUCAGACAAAGGAGACAUACAAAAUGUGCAGUGCUGGGGAGGCUCCAGGAAUGUGUUUGGGAAGCCCUGUUUUAGCUCAUUUUAAUUCAUUUGAACAAGCAGCAAUUUUUUCUUUUUUUUUUUUUUUCAGUGUACUAAAAUUUCUAAAACUGAAAUAAAAAUAAACUAUAUAGAAUUAAACAAUAACAAAGACUAAUACAAAUGACAAAAGUACAUAAUAUUACUAAAUGAUUAUUUCAAUUUAGUAAGAAUAAAUUAAACAUGCCACAAUUCUGUUUCAUGUAUGUAAGAUUGUU